UUAAAGAAAGAAACAUUGUUAAAUAACACUUGAAAAUUGAAUGAAGAGGAAAUUUUAACGGAGUGAAUAUUCUCGAAAUUUGAUUUUUUUUGCAAAAGUUAAUAGUUGUACAUCGACAAUAUUUAUUGAGCAUUUAUUUAUGAAAAUGGAAUUGAGUCUGACGAUAGUUGUAACGAUAAUUUUAAUCAAUGGAUUUUACGCAGCUUCACUGUCCGGGAUUGACAUUACUUUACAGACUGACCCACACAGUGACAGGCAUCAUCAUUAUCAGCGAAUAACAUUAAAACACUUCUCAGAACACGCUUUAUGCAGAAAUACUCGUGGAAAGAUAACGUUCCUGACGGCACUUGAAGACUACUUUCAAAAUAUAUCAGAGACAUUGCGGGUCAAUUUUAUCCUUGAAUUGUGUUCGAGACGGGAUGACAUGCUGAUUGACUGGGUGAAGGAAAUAUUCGACAAAGACGGUGACGGUUACAUAUCGCACUUUGAACGGAUAUUCUACAACUACAGAAUAGUAUAUGGAGAGGGCAUUUGGAAGAAUAACCUGUUAAACGACGUAUAGUAUUGAACACAUCAUGAAUAGCGAGGAAGAAAUAGCAAUACCAGAACCCUUUCACCAACAA